AUGGAGCCCCUUCAGAGGAAGUCCGAGGACUUUCAGAGCUAUCGCAAGAUGCCCCUGGCGCAGCAACGUGCCCCUCAACGCUUGCGGCCUACCCCCCCGGAUGAGCUGCAUGAUCUGCUUUGCGUCGGAUUUGGCCCAGCGAGUCUGUCGAUUGCGGUAGCUCUCCAUGACGCCCUCGACCCGUGCCUAAACAAAUGUGCUCCCACCUCCGGCUGGCAGCCCAAGGUCGCUUUCUUGGAGCGUCAGAAACAGUUCGCCUGGCACUCUGGAAUGCAGAUUCCUGGUGCCAAAAUGCAAAUUUCCUUCAUCAAAGACCUUGCCACUCUCCGUGACCCUCGCAGCAGCUUCACUUUCCUCAACUACCUCCACCAGAAGGAUCGCCUGAUCCAUUUCACCAACCUGAGCACCUUCCUCCCGGCCCGGAUGGAGUUUGAAGACUACAUGCGCUGGUGCGCCAACCAGUUCUCGGAUGUUGUGUCUUACGGCGAAGAAGUGAUUGAGGUGCUCCCCGGCAAGUCGAGCCCAGACAGCCAUGUAGUCGACUACUUUACCGUUCUAUCCCGCAACGUGGAGACCGGCGAAAUUUCAUCGCGGAGUGCGCGCAAGGUUGUGCUUGCCCUUGGAGGCAGUGCAAAGCUGCCGGCCGAGCUUCCCCAAGAUCCCCGGAUCAUGCACUCGUCCAAGUACUGUGCGGUCUUGCCCAGUCUGCUCAAGGACAACGACGAGCCCUACAACAUCGCAGUCCUAGGAAGCGGCCAGAGUGCUGCUGAGAUUUUCCAAGACCUCCACAGGCGGUAUCCCAACUCCAGAACGUCCCUCAUCAUGCGAGAUUCCGCCAUGAGACCUAGUGAUGACUCUCCAUUCGUGAACGAGGUUUUCAACCCCGAGCGAACGGACAAGUUUUUCAACCUCUCGGCCUCCGAGCGCCAACGUUCCCUCAAACAAGAUAAAGCCACGAACUACAGUGUCGUCAGACUCGAGUUGAUUGAGGAAAUCUACCACGAAAUGUACCUCCAGAGAGUCAAGAAUCCCGACGAGACCCAAUGGCAGCACCGCGUCCUCCCCGGCCGCAAGAUCACACGCGUCGAACAUUACGGACCCAACAAGCGGAUGCGGGUGCAUGUCAAGGCAGUCAAGGAUGGCAAGGAUAGCCUCGUCGGUGACGGAAAGGAAGUCUUGGAGGUGGAUGCGCUCAUGGUCGCCACCGGCUACAACCGCAAUGGCCACGAACAGCUCCUCAGCAAGGUACAGCAGCUGCGACCGGCGACGCAGGAUCGCUGGACCCCGAGCCGGGAUUACCGCGUUGACCUCGACCGGAGCAAGGUCAGCGCCGAUGCUGGGAUUUGGUUGCAGGGCAGCAACGAGCAGACGCAUGGACUGAGUGACAGCCUGCUGUCGGUUCUGGCCGCGCGAGGUGGCGAGAUGGUGGAAUCGAUUUUCGGAGAGCAGCUUGAGAGCGCGGCGGUGCCGGACACCAGGUUCCGCGCAAUGCUGUGA